CCGCCCGCCUGCGCCCCUCUCUCCAGCACACCAGUCUUCCUGCGCAGCGGCUAGUGGUGUGCGUUCCCCUCCUGCUUGCUGGGUGCAGCCAUGGCCACCUCCUCCUCCACGCGGCCCACCGUCCUGGCCUUGACCGCUCUGGCUCUGUUCCUGGUGCUGUGCCUGGGUCCAAGUGCCAUAAAUGGAAAUAAACUCAAGCUGAUGCUUCAGAAACGGGAAGCACCUGCUCCAAAGAAAACUGACGUGGCUGUUGAUGAGAGCAGAGCCAAAGACUUCUUAGGCCCUCUGAAGCGCCAGAGACGGCAGCUGUGGCACCGGACACGACCUGAGGUCCAGCAGUGGUACCAGCAGUUCCUCUACAUGGGCUUCGAUGAGGCGAAAUUUGAAGAUGAUGUCACCUAUUGGCUAAACAGAGAUCGGAACGGACACGACUACUAUGAUUACCACCACCGGCACUAUGAUGAAGAUGCUGCCAUUGGUCCCCGGAGCCCAGACAGCUUUCGGCAUGGAGCCAGCGUCAAUUAUGACGACUACUAACCAUCGCCUCAUGUGUACGAGAAACCAGCAGCAGACCUCUUCCCUCUCCAUGAUGCCUGGCACAAGUGUGCUUCUGUCAUGCUUUGUUUCAGCAGUUCUUUUUGGCCCACUUCACAUGACCAGAAAGAAGGUGUCAAAAUGAUGAUUAUAAAUGCUUUUUGAUAUUUUAUGCAAGUACCUAACAGUGCAUUUCUCUAAAAGUAGCAAUAAAAGCAUUUCGUUAAA